GCCGGACGCAGGAUGCCGCGCCUGGCGCUAACUUGCUUCGCGUUGCAGCUGGUGCUCCGCGUCGCUACGGGAGCUGUCUGGUGCUACGAUUCACAGGAUCCCAAAUGUGGCCCCAGCAUGUGGAAGGAUCUGGCACAGGGCUGUGGGGGAGACAACCAGUCGCCUAUUAACAUUGACCGGCACAAAGUACAGAGGGACAGUAACUUAGGAGACUUCCAUUUCGAGGGCUAUGACCAGGCUCCACCGGCCAUGUGGAAACUCUCGAAUGAUGGGCACACGGUGGUGAUGCGUCUGGAAGGCGAGUCUAUGAGCGAACAUAUCAACAUCACCAGAGGAGGUCUUCUUGAGAAGUACCGAGCCUUGCAGUUUCACUUCCAUUGGGGGAACCUCAAGGGGAACGGCUCAGAGCACACCAUUGAUGGACACCAGUUCCCCAUGGAGCUGCACCUUGUUCACAUGAACACCAAGUACAAGACUUUCAGGGAGGCCAAAGGGCAUCCGAAUGGGUUGGCUGUCCUCGGCUUCUUGUUCAAGGUGUCUCAUGCUGAUAACUCCAAUUACAACACCAUUGUAGCUGGCCUGAAGAACAUUUCCCAUCCAGGGGAUUUUGUGGACUUAGCAUCCACAUUUUGCUUGAACAACCUUCUUCCCAGCGUGGCCCAUCUGUCCAAAUACUACCGCUAUCAGGGCUCCCUGACCACGCCUGACUGCGCGGAGGCUGUCGUCUGGACGGUCUUUGAGGAGCCCAUCGCUAUCAGCCAGUCUCAGCUGAAUGCAUUUGUCAACACACUUCACUUCCGGACCAAUGGCACAUCUCCAGUGAAAAUGACCGACAACUUUCGACCACCACAGCCCCUCAAGAACCGAAAAGUCUAUGCAUCCAAAGAUGCCACGAUCAGCCAUAGUACCAUGCCCAGUGCCAGCCUCCCACUUCUUUCUCUGCUCUUGGCUCUCCUGGUUGUCUACUUCUUAGGCCCCUCUUAAAAGCCCUUCCCUUGUCUCCCUCCUUUUUUUGUCAUGAAUGAUUUGUGAUUAUUUUAUGAUGUCUUCGUAUCAGGGUUUCCAUGCUGCUAUCAUUUUCUUGCCACAGGACUGAAAAUGACAAAUGAAAUUAAAGCAGAUUGGCAGGGGGUACAUAAGAACGGCCACACGGGUCAGAUCAAUGGUCCAUCUAAUCCAGAACCCUGUCUGCCUCAGAGGGAAUGAAGAGAUCAUACAAGUUCCAUCCCCUAUUGUCGAGUCCCAGGAUCUGCUAAUCAGAGGCUUGUAGGCACAUAGAGUAGAUGGUUGUAUCCCUCACCAUCUUGGCUUAUAACCUUUGACAGACCUCCAUGAAUGUCUCUAAUUUGGUUUUGAGCCCACACAACAUUCCCCAGCAAAGAGUUUCACAGGCUGACAGUGCACUGUGUGAAUAAGUUCUUCCCAAUGUUUCUUUUAAACUUGCUGCCUAAUUUUAUUGGGUGACCCCUGCUUCUUGUAUUAUGUGAAGGGGUAAAUAACACUUCCUUCUUUACUUUCUCCACAUUGUUCCUUUAUUUACUCCAUGAUCUUUCUUGAGUGGUAACAGCUAAUUUAGACCCCAUCAUUCUAUAUGUAUGGUUGUGAUUGGCUAUGUCUACA